AAUCGAAGUCACAGAAUGUUCGAUAAACAAGACUGGCUUUCAAAACCUCCAAAGUUUACAACUUUCCGAGUGAAUACACUCAAAAGUUUUAACUGUAAUAUUCUUGAAGACUUUUUAUUGAAACAAAGCGAAGAGCUGAAUGCGACAGUCCUGAAGUUUCAUUUCUUAAGAUCAGAUUGCCUUGUGUUAGAACGAUGGUCGAAGAAUGUCACCAUGGAGACCAGCGAUAACGAAGUGAUAGUGGAUCCUCUGUGUGCAGCAGCUGUAUUAAGAGGUGCUCAUGUAUUCGCUCCUGGAGUCAUGGGUUUACCUACAAGCUGCAAGUUAGGUGACAGAGUUGACAUAUAUGGUGACCUAGACGGGCAAUGUAAGAGAGGCCUCAAAGUAAAGUAUACUGGCAAGAAAUUAUAUGUUGGAACUGGCUAUUUAAAAAUGCUGCGAUGUGACUUGUUUGAUAAUGGAAUUCAACCAAGUGGUAUAGCCAUCCAUACACUACUACCAGCGUCUAGACUACCUGUUGUAAAUGAAACAUUAUAUCCAAAGGGAGAAAUACUGUUGCAAAACCUGCCUUCUAUAGUCUGUGGGUGGGUGGUAAAUGCUAAACCUACAGAACUUAUUCUGGAUAUGUGUGCAGCUCCUGGAAAUAAAACUACACAUUUAGCAGAAAUGAGUAACAACCAGGCAAUCAUAAUAGCAAUAGACAAGACACCACAGAAAGCUACCAAAAUACGAAUAAACUGCGACACUCAAGGAGUGACCUGUGUUAGUGCAUAUCCUUAUGAUUCUACAAAAAUCUGUUCAGAAAUAAGCAGUGAUGUGAAUGGAGGCCCGCCAUUCCCUCCUAACUGUUUUGAUAAAGUAUUGUUGGAUGCACCUUGCAGUGGUCUAGGACAAAGGCCUCAGUUGGUAAACAAGUUAACACCUAAAAUGAUUCAGUCUUACAAGUUUGUUCAGCGUAAACUUUUAUGCGCAGCUGUAAAUGUGCUAAAGGUCGGAGGGAAACUAAUCUACAGCACUUGCACAAUAACUGAUGACGAGAAUGAGAGAAUGAUAGCUUGGGCCUUGGAGAAAUUUCCUUGCUUGACACUGGUGCCUGCUGAACCACUUCUAGGUGGCCCUGGACAACCUUCGUGUGGACUGUCAGAUGAACAGAGGGUCAUGGUGCAAAGAUUUGGUCCUGAAGAUGAUGUUCUGAGACCUGUUGAAUCUAUCUACAAAGAUACAAUUGGAUUUUUUAUUGCAACUUUUAUAAAAAAUUAAAAAAAAUGUAUGUAAU